UCUUAUGAAAAUCAUUGACAAACAACCAGAUGUUACUCGAAUAUGCAGCAACGAAACGCUGAACGUGAUCAUGCUGACAGUGUGUAAGAUCAGCACACAGAGGAGCAGAGGAGAAGAGUGCAGGCUGCUGUAUCGACAUGGACAAAACUUUGAGCAUGGAUGUGACUCCAGGUUCACACUGAUGAAAGAAAACGGGACUGUGUUUCUCCACCUGACAAAUGUAACAGCAGAGGACGGCGGGAACUACACCUGUGAGUGUGUACAGACCGGAGGAACAUAUAAGCUCCAGCUCAGUGUCACUGUGGAAGUGCCAAUCUCAGAGGAGGAAGAGAACAUCAAUUCAACAGACACGUCUAUUUCUCUUUAUUUGAUCACUGCAGCAGGAGUCGUCAUUGUAACUGGAGUUAACCUGGCAUUUUUCUACUGGUUGAGAAGUCGUGGUUGCCGUUCACGCUCAGAAACAAUUGAAAUAUCCGUACGUAAAACUUCAUCUUCUGUGUAUGACAAUGACCUGGGGGACCAGUGCAGAAGCCUUCGGCAGCCAGGAAAUGAUCUCUAUCAAAAUAUCGCCUCAGUCCGCUAUCAGCGUAACAUCAGGACACAUGCAGCAAGACGUGCUGAAAAUGUCUGCAAGGAUAAUCUGGAAAUGGAUCAGAUGUCUAAUGACUAUGAAAACAUUUGAACUAGAACACAAGUUAACUUCUAGUUUGUUUCAGUCAUCCAGUUGAAGUUCACAGGGGUGCUCGAGCCUGUCCCAGCUGUGCAAAG